AAGACCAUUGAGAUUGAAUUCUAAAAGAGUCUCUAAUGGUCCAUUUACACACGUUGAAAAACAACUGAAUGAGUCUCAACUCAAUAGGACAGCUCAUGCCUCAGAAACUAUGAAUGUAGAACAAGUUGAAUCUAAUUCAAGUGAUCAUGCCAUAAGGAAAGGACGUGGACAUACAAUUAAUGCAAAAUUUAAAAAGAAAAAAAAAGGCUUAUGGCAAAAGGAAAAAAUAUUGACAUUCAAUUUCCUCCACCAUUUUAUAAGAUAUGUGGAAAACAUGCAAAAUAUUUUAAGUCAGAGGCACAAGUUUGUAUACGCCAGAAAGCUCCUUUGCAAGUUAAUAGCUGGAGUGAAAUAGCUAAAGAUGAUGUAGAUGAAAUGUGGAAACAUAUAAAGGAUGCAUUAAGUUUAUCUGAUGAGGUUAAGGAAUAUGCAAUGAAGCAAAUUCAAUCUCAAUACAAAAAUAAGCUUUAUCAUUUACAUCAACUAUAUCUCAAAAAGAAGGGAAGGCCAAAAAAUGUAUCUCCUGAUGAUUGGAAUUGGUUAAUCAAUAAUAAGUGGAGUGAUUUAAAAUUUCAGGAAAGGAGCUUAAAAAAUAAAGUUAAUCAAGUGGGUUUUUCAAACCUCGUUCAAGGGAUCGGCACUCGCCUAGUAUACCCAAUUGCCAAUGGGAUAAGUCGAUAG